GCGUGGAUAUGGGGAAUGCGCGUGUCUUCUCCUCAUUCGAAGUUUGCUGUGCAUAGAUAUGGCAAAACCGCGCUUUUUGGUUUCGACGAUUCCUGUGUCUGUCAGGGCUGAGUGGGUGUGCAAUGUUAUAAGGGUUUCUGAAUUCUGAUUGCUGCUCCUUCAAAAUUAAAGAUCAUGUUCUCUCAAGAGUCAAGACUAUGUUUGGCUUCCAGUUUGAAAUGCUUACACAAUCAUGGCUGUAUCUAAUCUUUGUGUUUUUAUAUAAACAUCAAUGUCCAUUGAAGCACAACCAUUUGUAAUCAUUUCUCCAUCUGCCAAAUAGUUCACAUUUUAGAGAUUUUGUUUGUAGCCACUCUAGCUUGGGAAAGUCAUUCUCGUUAUUGGUCAUUGUCUUACCUUUUUACCCCAUGAUGCUUGUAUGUGGCAUUGGUACCUUAUCACUUAGCUCAGACAAGUGCCUAAGAAAUGCGUGAAUCAAUUCAAACACAGUAUUCUUUUCUAUGAGGUACCAGCACCACCAGCUAUCAGUUAACUUAUCAAAAUUUUCUCUUCCAAACUCUUGAUUACGAGCCUUGAAAGAUUUUGCAUGCAAAAGAUGCCACCGGUUAUCAUUCCCGGGCAGAAUAGCAAGUCCUUUGUCAGUGUUAGACUAGACAUACAGAAACAAGUUGAGUGUAGAAUUUCCCGUGCAGUUUUCAGCUUGGUUCCUAGGCACAUUCAUGGCAAACUAUGCUUUGGUGGUACAAAAGUUGAACCUCUAGUAAAAAUCAGGCACACAUUCUGCCCUAGCAGGAUAAGAGUUGCCGAAGAAUAUCAAGAAGGUUUGUCUGAUGAAGAUGAUGAUCUCUGUCCCGUCGAAUGUGUAAGAGAAUUCACCACUGAUGAAGAGUUCAGCAAAAUUCUGGACAAGGCUAAAGAAACUGGAUCUUUGGUGGUGGUAGAUUUCUUUCGCACCUCUUGUGGAAGCUGCAAGUAUAUAGAGCAGGGUUUUGCAAAACUGUGCAAGAAAUCUGGUGAUCAUGAAGCUCCAGUAAUCUUUCUAAAGCAUAAUGUAAUGGAUGAGUAUGACGAGCAAUCCGAGGUUGCUGACCGACUUAGAAUCAGGGCCGUGCCUCUUUUCCACUUCUACAAAGAUGGGGUCCUGUUGGAAGCAUUCCCAACCAGAGACAAAGAUAGGAUUCUUGCAGCUAUUCUCAAGUACUCAUCUCUUGAAGCUGAAGAUAUCUUAGGUUAACAUCAAGAGAUGGGGUCAUGGCACCCUCGGGGACUGUUGUGCACUGCAGGGAAAUUAGUAAAUUUUUGUACGUGACAAAGUUCAUUAAACAGCAUGUUGUAUACACAAAAUAAAAUACUUUAGUCCUGUCAGCCUAAUUCACUUUGUUAGGAUAGGAUAUUUUCUUGCAAAAUAUCUAGUGAAGAGUUUAAUGUACACUACGAUACGCCUUCUCUUUCUCCAGAGGUCAUAAAUAAAAUUUUCAUUCUGCUUA